AUGUUAAAAAUACUUGCUAUUUCCCAAUUAUUCUAUUUAAUAUCAUGUUCAUCCGAUAUUAUUCUUGAACCAAUAAAAACAGGUGCGAAUAAUGUUGCACUUAUAUUUAUACCCGGUGCUGAAUUACCACCUGAUCGUUAUAAUCCAUUACUUAAACAAACUCAACUAACAUCAUUAGAUUCGUUAUGGAUAGCUAUUCCAUCGUUUCCUCAAGAUUUACCAGUUGAACAAUUGCGCCCAAAAGUCGUCGAUGAAAUGCUUACAAAAUUAUAUCGAUCUGGCAUGCCAUUAAAUGCAACGAUUUUUCUCGGUGGCCAUAGUUUGGGUGGUAUAACAUCGCAAACUUUAGCAAUUAGCUAUCAAAACAAAAUAUUUGGACAAAUACUUAUUGGCUCAUUUCUUCAACGUAAAUAUGAAACAGCAAGUGCAAUCUAUCCCGUAUCAACAUUAACGUUAUCUGGCGAACUUGAUGGUUUAGCACGUGUGACACGUAUUAUUGAAUCAGUUUACUUUUAUUCAAAUUAUCCUCAUUUUACAUUAAUUAUUCCCGGUAUGAAUCAUAUGAAUACAGCAUCAGGUCAACCCUCGAGUCAUAUUAUAAAAAAUGAUAUAGAAUCAGAAAUUAAUGAAACAAUUGCACAUGAAGAAUUAUCACUUCGAAUCGUUGAUUAUAUAAGUAUGCGUUUAAAUAAUCAAACAACAACUCCUAUGAUUGAAUAUAAUUUAAAUCAAACAAAACUUUUCUCUCAACCUUAUCUUGAUGCGUUGAAUCUUGAAGGUUUCUACCAUUUUAUACCACCAUGUUAUAAUAAAACAAACGGCAAUUGUCAAAUCGGUAGUCAAUGGAGUGCAUACGGACAAAAAAUUAUGAGCGGUCUCAAUGAUACAGUUCAACUGAAUAUUUCUGAUCAAUUUCAUAUUGUUUAUAAAAUACCAGAACAUUUUCCACGCCUAGAUAAUAAUUGUUCGUCAACAAAAUCAUCGAAUGAUUGUAUAUUAUAUGUUCAUACAGUAACACAAAAUGUAUAUGAUGUCGGCGAUCAAUUUGAUUCAGGUGAAACGCAUACAUCAGCUGAAGAAAUGCGUGUUAAAAUGAUAUCAAGACAAGUACUUUUAACAGCUGCCGAUGGGAAAGCUCAUAAUUUUAAUCAGACAGAUGCACAAUCUUUAUGCGGUUUAAUAAAUCAACAUUCACUUGAUUGGGCUUUGGAAUAUGCAGGGGCAAAAACAAAAGAUAGAUAUCAAAGAAUAGGAAAACAAAUGAUUAUUGGAGAUGAUAUUGGCCCACUUAAUGCUGGUCCAUUAUGGAUUUGGACACCAUUGAAAUUUGAUCUAGGUAAAGAUGGUCAAGGAAAAACCAUUGUAACUGUACGCUCGCCUACACUUCGAUUUCCAAGUGAUUAUCCUCUGGUAUCUGUAGCUGGCUUUCAUUACUGUAAAUUGUUAAGCCCAGCUCGAGCCCUCGAAUGGAUUUAUAUAGACAGUUUCAAACCUUGA